AUGACUCCUAAAAAGUUUUCUCCGUUGUUGCUUUUAUGCUUCACCACACCUGUAUCUGGCUUUCGAGAAGUCGACCAUCUGCCAGAGACGUUCUGCAUCACGUACUUGUCAACUUACCUCGUCGCUAUCUCUGGCGUCCAGACUGAUGAAUCUUCCUCUGUAGAAACAUCGUUCUUGCUUUCUUCAGUGGUAGACGAUUUUACUUCCGACACGCAGGAUAGAAAAACUUCAUAUUCAAUUUCACUCGAUGACCCCCUUUCGACUUUAGCUACAGAAGUCUCUGUGACGAGAUCUUUUCUCACAAACACCGAGACAUCCACAGCUGAUCCGACCGUGAUCCCUGGGCCAGAUGGUCGAGCCGUGGUAUUUAGAGUCAUCCCAAGCUCAGAAGACAACAACCGAAGAUUCUACAGGAGAGCACUUGGAGGUUUUGUCGGCUCCCAAUCCGACCUCUGCGAAGAUGCUGUAGUCUACAAUCUUUCCCAAGAUCGUCUUUACGAAGAUGGACUUCUCAUUUACUACAAUGGCGAGAGUUACAAGGAACUUCGUGGUCAGGCAGGACCACUGCCUCGCGGUGCUGUCACAACUGCCUUUCUCGAUGAUGGCGGUUUCGUUGAAUUUGUCAGUUCUACUCUUCCCGGAGGUCGAGCAGGCUUCUGUCAGGUUUUGGAAAGCGGUCAAGUGUACCUGACGUUUGGAUCUUCUCCACCUGAUUGUGCUCCAGUCAGACUUUCUAUUAUAGGAGUUGAGGAAUGUUCAAAUGAGACAUCAACAUCAGACAUUCUAUCAACUCGCACCAGUGUCACAGGUCCUGUCGAGGACCUUGCGACAACCACCAGUAUCCCAGUUGAAACUUCAAUACAGCCAGUCUUUACCGAAGCCACCUCCACUGAUCUUUCUUUCACUGAGGAUCCGUCCCAGACAAAGUCAUUUGUAACAACUGUUCGCCUUUCCAACAGUUCUACCACAAGCAUAAAUUCCCCAGUUGACCCUACGCGAUCUUCUGCACUUUCUCCUAUUACUAUUGAUACCACUUCCACAGACUCUACCAUUCCUAUUUCAUCUUCAGAUCCCAUACUUCCCACAGAAACAGAUAUUGUUUCUUCCCUCACAGAUGCUGCGCCUAUCGACAACACUUCCACUGAACCUAUCGUUCCACGCAGAGAGACUUCUACGACUGUGAGCAGUGAUGCAGUCGAUGUUACUAGUAGUUCGGAAACAGAUAUCUUAUCUGUAUCUGAGACUAACACAUCUGAUGAUAUAUUCAGUUCAGAGACCACGGCUACCACUAGUCUUUCUGUGAUCCCUAUCCCCAACACUGAGCUAGACACUACUGUCACUACGGAUACAACUACAGACUUGACUACUGAAUCUGUAUCUCUCACCGAGACUAGCGCCACAGAUGAUACAAGCACUGCUUUGGAAACAAGCAGUGUAGCAGAGGCUCCUGUCGACACCACCGAGACCACAAUCCCUGAUACAUCUGCAACGUCUGGUACUGAAGAAGUGACUCUCACUGAGACCAGUACUGCCGUUGACACAAGCACUACCUUGGAAAUCAGCAGUACCGCUGAGUCUUCUGUGACUGAAACUACCGAAACCACCGCCGCUGGGGAUACUACCGCCGAUACAACUACGGCUGAAAUGACAACGGAUUCUGAUAUAAAUACUACUGACACAACUGCUACCGAUACUACUGCGGCCGAUACUACUGCGGCCGAUACUAAUGCUGCCGCUGGCACUACUGCUGGCGGUGCUACAGUGAUUCGUAUAAAUGCAGCGGAUGAUGCUGCUGCUACUGAAAUGAUAACUUUCGACGCGCCAUAG